AUGUCUUCGGGAACUUUUGUGGACAGAAUUGACCCCUUCGCUAAGCGGUCGCUGAAGAAAAAGACCAAGAAAUCUCAGGGUUCUUCUCGAUACCGCAACACGCAAGAUGUUGAACUGCAGGCACUGCCCUUGCUUAAAGAUGUUCCAAGUAGUGAACAGGAAGAGCUAUUUAUUCGCAAGUUGCGACAGUGCUGUGUAGCGUUUGACUUCAUGGACCCUGUUGCUGAUUUGAAGGGAAAAGAGAUAAAGCGUGCCACUCUCAAUGAGCUUGUUGAAUACAUCACCGGAGGUCGUGGAGUGCUCACUGAACCUGUGUAUCCAGAGAUUAUUAAGAUGAUAUCCGCCAACUUAUUCCGCACUCUACCGCCAAGUGAAAAUCCCGAUUUUGAUCCUGAAGAAGAUGACCCGACCCUGGAGGCUUCGUGGCCGCAUCUUCAACUAGUCUACGAAUUCUUCCUGCGCUUCCUGGAGUCAACUGACUUUCAGCCUACUAUUGGCAAAAAGGUCAUUGACCAAAAAUUUGUACUACAGCUUUUAGAUUUGUUCGAUUCUGAGGACCCACGAGAACGUGACUUCUUAAAAACGGUGCUUCAUCGCAUCUACGGCAAGUUCUUGGGACUACGAGCUUUUAUACGAAAGCAGAUUAAUAACAUAUUUCUACGAUUUGUUUAUGAAACAGAGCAUUUUAACGGUGUUGGCGAACUGCUGGAAAUAUUGGGCAGUAUAAUCAACGGGUUUGCACUUCCACUAAAAAGUGAGCACAAACAAUUUCUGGUAAAGGUGCUACUACCGCUGCAUAAGGUGAAGUGCUUGUCGCUAUACCAUGCGCAGCUUGCUUACUGCGUAGUUCAGUUCCUUGAAAAGGAUGCCACCCUCACAGAACAUGUUGUUCGUGGCCUACUCAAAUUUUGGCCCAAAACAUGCUCGCAAAAAGAGGUUAUGUUUUUGGGCGAAAUUGAGGAGAUAUUGGACGUAAUUGAACCAGCUCAAUUCGUCAAAAUACAGGAACCGUUGUUCAGGCAAAUAGCUAAAUGUGUAUCCAGUCCACAUUUUCAAGUGGCUGAAAGAGCACUUUACUUUUGGAACAACGAAUAUAUAAUGUCACUGAUGGAAGAAAAUAAUCACGUGAUAAUGCCUAUAAUGUUCCCUGCAUUGUAUCGAAUCAGCAAGGAGCACUGGAAUCAAACUAUAGUGGCACUCGUCUACAACGUGCUAAAGACGUUCAUGGAGAUGAAUUCCAAACUCUUCGACGAGCUCACCGCUAGCUAUAAGGCGGAAAGGCAGAAAGAGAAGAAGCGCGAGAAGGAGCGCGACGAGCUGUGGAAGCGGCUGGGCGAGCUGGAGAUCAGCCACAAGCGGCAGGCCGUGGGCGCGCCGGCGCUCGCCAAGUGA